CCUUCCUCAACCAGGUCAUUCAAAUGUCCUGCUGAGGCGAAGCUAAUUCCUACUACUAAAGCAAGCGUCGGAAAUCCCGCUUUUGAAACACGCUGGGAAACAAGGCUCGUUUGUACUGCCAAAAGGGGCGAGCUCGACAUUCACGCACCUAACCUCAAGCUGUGGCGCCUCUAAUACAUUGCUCGUGUGAUACUAACGGUCCCAGGUGGACCUGGACGUAGAAUACAGACGGUGUCAAGAGGGCGCCAGGCCUUGUAUUGCUCGCUUGCUCGCCAUAGUUUCCAUUUGAUAAAGCAUCACUUCUGCUUCCACGGGUUCAUGAUGCGGCGACAGCAGAGUCUGCAGUUGUUGUUCAUGUCCAACCGGCGGUGUGUCCAGGCGGUCCGCUGAAAGGACGCUGAUAGACAGCGCGGAAGGAGCUCCAAGGAGCUAUGGCUGAGGCUCUUCAAGCGGAGCGGCAGGAUGGCGAGCAGUCAAGCGCUGGGCUUGAGAACUUCACCUACCUCGCGACGGUGGGCGAGGGUGCCUAUGCGGUGGUGUACCAGUGCGAGGACAACCGGGCGCCGGGGCGGCAGGUGGCCGUCAAAAUGUUCAAGAGCGCGCACGAGCACGCAAAGGUCAUGGCGUUAGCGGUGCGCGAGAUCCGGCUGCUGCGCUCCGUGGCACACCCCAACAUCAUCAACCUGCUCGACGCCUUCACGACCAGCAGCGGGCGGGUGUACAUGGUGUUCCCGUUCUGCGGCCGCUCCGCCCACCGCAUCCUGCGCGACUGGCCGGGCGGUGGGGGCCUGCCGCCCGUGCGCAUCAAGCAGCUGGCCUGGCAGGUGCUGCAGGCGCUGUCGUACCUGCACAGCCGCAAGGUCGUGCACCGCGACGUCAAACCCGCCAACAUCCUGGUGGAUGAGGAUGGCCUGGUGCGGCUGAUUGACUUCGGCUUUGCGCGCAAGACGCGGUGCGGCCCCUUCGAGGCGGAGCAGCUGAGCAGCUACGUGUUCACGCGCUGGUAUCGCGCGCCGGAGGUGCUGGUGGGUGACGUGUACGGCCCGGCCGCCGACAUCUGGUCGCUGGGCUGCACGCUGGCGGAGCUGGCGUCCGGCAUGCCGCUGUUUACGGGCCGCUCCACAGUGGACCAGCUGUACCUAGUCAUGCGCUGCUUCGGCUCGCUGGCGCCCGACCAGGCCGCACGCCUGGAAGAGGACCAGCGCCUGGCGCCGCUGAGGCAGGCGGCGGCGGCGCCCGGCGGGCUGCCGCGCGGCCGCACGCUGCGGCAGCGGCUGCCGCCGGGGCUGAGCGCGGGCGUGGUGGAGCUGAUUGAGGCGUGCCUGCAGCCCGACCCCCGCGUGCGGCCCACCGCGGAUGAGCUGCUGCAGCUGCCGUGGACGUGGGGCGUCACAAAGGGAAUGAUGGGCACGCCACUGGGCCGCCAGCUGGGACUUGAACCCAGCUGGGGGGCUUCCGGGGCAGCGCCCGCCGCAGAGACGGCGGCGGGGGUGGCGGCAGGCGCGGGGUUGGGGCCAAGCUCAACGGCCGGGUCGGGAGCCGCAUCCAUAGACGGGAGGUUGGGCGCAGCGCAGGUCGUGGCCGCAGCUGCGGCGGGUUUCCCAGCCAGCCGCUUGGGUGCCCCGGCUGCCUCACGCGCACAGCAGGCGCCGGCUCAGGAGUUGGGGCUGGGCCAGAAGACGGCACCUGCGCAAGGCAUGCCAAACGGUGCUUCUCCUGCCACACCAGCAGCAGCCGCAGCGAACGGUGACCAGGCACUGGCUACAGGCCCAGGGGCACACCUCCCGCCGUCCAGUGGUGCCGGGGCAGCUACCGUGGAGGGUGGCAGCGCUAGCAGCACGCCAGGCCGCGAGAUGCAGCGGCGCGGCUCUAAGCGCCAGCGUGUGGACGCGGCCAGAGGCGGACAGGAGGAACCGACGGCACGAGGGGUUCUUGACCAGGAGGAAACGGGGCGGGACGGCGCAGCGGGCUCGGGCAGGCAGCAGGCCUGGAGGGGGGCGCAGGAGUUCGGCAACGGUGCCGGCUCCGAGCCGGGGCCAGCGGCGGAGGUAGCUGCGAAGCAGGAGCAGGUGGUGCAUGCAGUCGCCACGCUGACCGCACACCACACAAGCUUGGACGUGAAUGCAGAAGAGGGAGACAGCGAGGCCGCGACGGCCAAGGCCGUUGCAUCCAACAAGGGCGACGACGGGGCUAGAGCAGACCGUGCAGGAGCGGGGGGGCCCGGGCACCAGGGGCAGGACGCGCAGGUAGCGGCGGCAUGCCGGGACCUAGUGGACGCGGUGGACGACGAGCAGCCCCCGGCGCAGGUGCAGAUGCAAGACGGCGGCGCGGGAGCGGCUGCAGAAGCCGCCGCGCUGCGGCUGCAGCUGAUGCAGCGGCACUCCCGCUCACAUCUGCAGGUGUUUGGCGGGCCGGGUGACCUACUGGAGGAGGCGGCAGCAGCUGCUAUCGCCGCCGGCCUUACGCAGCCGUCAUCGCAGCCGCGUCCGCGCCCGCCGUCGUUGAAUAGCAGGGACAGCGGCGCCGAGGACGGCAGCGGCUCCGACAGCGGCGCUGGUAGCAGCUACAACGGCUGCGGCGGGGAGCUGAUGCUAGGCAGCACCGGAGGCGCCGGUACCGGAGGCGGCGGCGGCGCCAUGCUGCUGCCGCCUCUGUCCAGUGCCUCCACCAGCAUAGCCUCGCGCGUCAUCGACAGCACCGUCGCCUCCGUCAACGCCGCGGAGUGGGUGGUGGAUGCCACGGAGGCAGGCGGCCGCGCGCAGUCACCGGCGCACCACCGUCGGGAAAUGGGGGCCAGCGGCGGGGGCGCGGGUGCAGGCGCGGCUGGCGCCAGCGGUGCGGGCGGCUCGGGGUCAGGGCUGGGGCAGCGGUUGCUGCAACUGCCGCGGCAGGGCUCGGUGCAGGGCCUCAAGUCCCUGCCUCAUGGCAGCGCACCGUCGUCUGUGGCAGCGGCCAUGUGGGCGGCCAAGUCCGGGGGCGGCGGCGGGCCGCAUGGCGGCAGCAAGGAAGCGGCGUCCAUGGUGUCUGGCGAGGCGUCUGCAGCGGCACACCCGACACACGGCAAGUCGUUGCUGGGCCCGGGCGGGAGCCCGCGGGCUGCUGCGACUGCUGCGACGGCCGCGGCUAGGGCGGGUAAGACAGCCGGUGGAGAGGCGUACGGGGCGGCGGACUGCCCGGCGACGGGUGCGGCCACGGCUGCGGCGGGCGUGGCAACGGCUGCGGCGGGUGCGGCAACGGCUGCGGCUGAGGGCUCCAGCGGCUGGCUGCAGGUGCAGCAGCCACAGCAAGGGCUGGCGGACAGCCCUCGCGGCAGCGGCAUCAUAGAGGCGACCUUCUCUGGGGCGCCCAUGCCGCUUGUCCGCCCAGGCGCCCAGGUGGCCGCCGCCAUCGCCGCCGCCGCCGCCGCCGCUGCAGCUGCUGGCGGGGCUGAGCGCGUGGAAGCGCCAGCGCUUUCCUCAACUCCUGAGGACCCAGGCUACCCAGCCGCGACUGCUGCUGCGGACGGGGCAGGCGUGGAUGCCGGUGCAGGGGGCGAAGAAGGGGAUGAGUCAGUGGUGGGGGAUGGGGUGGAGCUGGAGCUCGAAGUGCACGCAGUGGAUCUGAGGGAAGUAGGCAGCCCGGCGAGCCCCAUCCCAGCCAGCUGCAACACGCCGACACUUCCCGCGGCUGUGCCGCUGCUGACCUCACCGCCUUCGCAGCUUUGCAGCUCAGCCGCCAACACGGGCAGCAUCACCGCCAGCGCCAACAUAGCCGCGGCGGCGGCUGAUGCCGCAUACGCAGCCGCGUCCGCCAGCCAUCUGUCCACGCUGCAGCACAUCCGCGUGGCGGACAGCCCACUGCCGCCCUGCGCCCGGACACAAGCGGCGGCUGCACCCGCUGCGGCCGGCAGCAUGGCCGCCUCCGCCCCCAGCUCCAUGCACUCAGCAGCUGUGGCUGCGGCGGCUGCGGCGGCUGCCCUAGCACCUGUUGCCGCACCUUUCGGCACCAGCCACGCAUCCAUGCAGCUCCCUCAGCCGCCCCAUGUGCCCGGCGCAGCACCUGCCGGCUGCAGCCCAGCCCUGGGCUACAGCCAGCUAGGCCCCGGCUACAGCCCACAGUCCGGCUACGGCUUUCCCACCAGCAACAACAGCUUUCGCAACCGCAGUAGCUACGGCUACGCCUCCAGCCAACAGCACUCCGCCCGCCUCGCGCACCUGCCGCACGGCAGCAGCCUGCUAUCGCCGCCUCCGCCGCCGCUGCCCGCCGCCACGCCCACACCGGGCCCCACGGGCACGGGGUUCCUGCUCUCGCCACCGCGCACCGGCGAAUCGUACGUCGACACAGGUGACGUGGCGCUGGCAUCGCAUAUGUCCCUGGGCGGCGGCCUGGCGCCGUGCAGCACGGACUUCCAUCUGGCAGUUGCGGGCAGCUGGGCCCGCGCCCCGCCAUCGCACGCCGGCUACACCACAGCCAUGCGCCUGCUGCAAGCGGGGGCUGGCGCCGGCACGAGCACCGGCAUCGUGGCCAGCGGCGGACUGGACGGUGGUGCCCCUGCCUGGCCGUCCUCUGGGCACCUGGCGCCAGUCACGGCGCCCCAGGGUGCCGGCGCCGCGGGCGCGGGAGUGAGCGUGUUGUCGCCGCGGUUCGGCCAGCCACCCAUGCCGCCGCAGGGUCAGCCAGGCGGCAGGCCGACUCCGCGGCGCAUGACGUUCUCGGGCAUUGCCGGCGCCGAUGAGCGGGACACGGUGGCCAUGACGGUGCCGGAAGACGCGCCUUUACCGCCGCCGCUGACGGUACCGGCGGCGCCGGCGGCGCCGUCGUCUGGAGUGCUGUCGCCAGCCGGCCUAGGGACAACAUCCUACCACCACCAGCAGCCCCGGCACUACGUGCCACAGCGCACCGGCAAGGCUGCGGUGCGGGCGCUGAAGCAUGCCACCUUAGCGGACCGCGAUGGCGCCGUAAGCGGCAGCGGUGUCGGGGUGAUGCGCGACGCCUCAGGCGGCGGUGAUGGCGACGUUGACGCGCCCAGUGCCGCCGUUCGAGCGCGCACUGCGCUGGGCGCGCGAAUGCUGCGCCGGCUACGGCAGGUCGCGUCCUCGCGCUGGUCAAACAACGGCGGCGGCAGCCGCACACAUGCCGGUGGCAGCGUCACAAGCGAGGCUACCGCGGCCGCGGCCGACGCUGGCGCCGGUGGCCUCGGCGGAAUGGGCGCCAGCAUUGGCGGCAGCUCUCUCGCCGCGCACGCGCGCACGCCGCAGCCUACCCGCUCCAUCCGCCAGGCUACCGACUCGCAGCUACACUUUCCCGCCGCGCCCAGGUCGCAGCCGCUGCCGCCGCUGCCGCCGCCAGCACCGCUGGCCGUGCCGCAUGGCCAAGUGGCGCGCGCCGUACCCUCGCCGCGCUUCUUCGCCGGCUUGCAAGGCCUGUUGCGCAUCGGCUCUCCACGUGACAGCAACUCCGACAUCACCGGCGCCGGCGUGCACGGCCGCGGUAGCUACGGCGGCAACGUCGUGUGGACCGACAACCCCUCCGCCACCGGCCAUGAUUACGGCACGGACGGCACUGCCGGCGCUGGUGGCAGGCACACCGCAGGCGACCGCAGUACUCCCGGCGAGUACAGCAUGGCGGCUCUGGCGGCGGCUGUCGCCGGCGCCGCCUCAACGGGCGGGCUUGCACACCGGCACGUCGUAACGGGCUCGCUGCCGCUGCCAAAGCUACCUGGCGGCACCGCGGCGGCCGUACCGGCCGGCAGUGGCGGCGGCGGGGCGCCGCUCGAGGCCCGCGCCUCGUCGCUGACGCCCACCCGCAGCUCCAGCGUGUUGCGCCGCAUGGCGCAGCUGGUCAGCUUUGGCGCCGCUGGGGGCGCCGCUGGGGCCGGGGCCGGUGGUGGUGGUGGUGCUGGUAGUGGUGGUGGUGCUGGUAAUGGCGGGGCCGCUGCCGGAAUCACCGCCGCUCUGGGCUCCGGCCCGAGCGGCAUGCGAGAGGUUGUGAGCUUGUCUGCGGCGGCGACGGCGGCGGCCGUAGCGCAGGCGCGGGCUCAGGCAAAUGAGCGUGGAGCCGGGUCAUCAGGGCGUCUGGUGUCGGGUACAUUGUUGGGCGGCAGCGGGAACGGCUCGGGUGUCUUAGAGCUCAGCCUGCCUGAAGGGCUCAGCCCGAGCGCCUCUACUGAGAUCACCUCUCCCGCAGCUCAAGGCCUGAUGGCUGCAGGGGCGGUGGCGGCGGCAUAUGGCUCCGCUUUUUCCCGCCUCAGCCCGCACCAGCAGCAGCAGCAGCAGCAGCAGCAUCAGAACGCGGUCCCGCGACAGGGCGCCCUGAGCAUUAGCGGUGGCGGCAGUAGCAAUAGCCGCCGGGUGCUGCCACUGCCGAAACCGUUGUCGGUGCCGGAGUUGCAGGGUGAGCCCAUCGUCGCAGCGGCGGCUGCCGCCGCUACUGCCGGCGCCGCCGCGCCUGACGCACGCUUCAGCGGCGGCUCCACCUCCAGCAGCAUCCAAUGCGUCAGCGGUGGCGCUGCAGUGGCAACGCCCGGUGGCGGCACAGGUGGCGGCAGUCCGCGGCGUAACUAUGCCUCAAGCCCAAGCCUGCCCUCCUCUCCCACACUAGGCAGCGGCGGCGGCGGCCUGUGGGGCCAGCACCAGCACACGCACACGCCGGGCCAGUACCAGCAGCAGUCGCCGCCGAGUCACACGCGAUCGCCGUCGCGUCUACAGGUGGCGUCAACCAGCCCGCUGGCUUCGGCCGGGCAGCUGCCCUCACCCGGACAGCUGGCAGUGGCACCCGCCUCGCCCGGCGGCUCGAGCCCGCGCGUUCCUCAAGACGGCGGUGUCGACCUGCACCUGACAACCGGGGGUGCCAUGCUGGGGCAUGCAGGCAGCGGCCUGGGGGCGGCCGCGCUGCCGGCUGACUCGCGGCCCGCGCCGCGGCUGCUGCAGGCGGCGCGAAGUCCGGCGAUGACAGCGCCGUCGAGCGGCACCCAGUUGCACGGGCAACUGUCGCUGGGCGGUGAUGCCACGUUCAGCAGCGGCAUCCCGCACCUGAGCGGUGGCGGGGCGGCUGCAGGCGGCGACCGCUCCAGCGCCCACGGCAUUUCAGGAGGGGCGGCGUCUGUGUCGGACGCCUGCGUCAGCAUUGGGCCGGUCGUGAUGGCGAGGAUGCUGGACGGCAUCAGCGCCGCGCCCAGCCAGCAGCAGCUGCAGCAACAACGGCAUCAACAGCAGCUGCAAGAAAUGCAGGUGCUGGCCGAGGCGGUGGGCGCAGCAGUUGACAGGGCGCUUGCUGGCGUCGCAGAGCCGCACGGGCUCGCUGCGGGCACCGCAGGAGCAGCGCCCUCCACCACCGGGACAGCAGCUGCAGUGGCUGCAGGCGGGACUGCGACUGCGGUUGCACACAUGGCGGGGACGGUAUCAGAGCAAGAGGUGACCUUGGAGCCGGCGGCGGUGCAGGUGCCAUCGGUCGAGCCGGCAGGUCACGUUGCAGGCGGCAUGCCGGGGCCUGGGUGCCGGGAACCGGAGGUUGAGGUUGGCGGUGGCGGCGGGAAGAAGGGUAAGAAGGGCGUAUUUGGGCGCCUGAUGAAAAGCGUGAAAGAGGCUUUCAAGUAAGAACGAGAAUGCAACAAGACGAGGCCGCACUGCGGCGCGUCCAAGCACUUGCUUGCACGGGGUCGUGACCGGCGCACUCGCGCUUUCGGUUACAAGGGCGGCCCCGGCGCUGCGGUGAUAUGAUGGCGUCUUCCUCGCAACGCCACCGGGUCCGUGAAGCACUCCUUGCGUCGGCUCGUUGCUCAGCCGUAUUCCACAUGCCCCGAUGUCAGGGAUGUGAUAUAUGUAUGCUGCACCUAGAAUCGCGCGCGUGCCGCUGUUGCAUCUUUGACGUUAUUCUACAAUAAGCGAAGUAUCGAACAGCUCUGCACAGCCCAAAUAAAGAGUGCGGCUACAGGUGUGCAUGGCAGUAGGCGGUUGGUAUAUGUGAAGGUGGGAGAGCUGGGCGGGGUCCACUGAACUGCGUAUGGUUAGUUCCUUACCAUAGCUCGUUCGGUGCAUUAAACAUGCGGCGAGCGGGCUUUGGGGAUAUGGUGUCGCGGUGUUCGUAUGGCCAAAGGCAACACGGUGCGUUUUUCUUAGUUCCCAUGCGGCCAGGGAAAAUUGUGGCUAGAGGACUCAGAACAACAUAUUCCAUGUGCAAGAAAAUUAGACAAGCCUAGUCAUGGGUUGAUGAAAUCACCCUCAUGCCUGCAAGGCAAGGUACCAGAAAUGUGUGAUGGAUGACAUGAGCUCGAAGGCGCCGCGCGCCAUAAAGCACAACGGAAGGUGACUGAUAAGUAUGCGCGCUGCUGGAAUGCAGGGUGACUGUUGUUGUGGGGGAUUGUUUGGUCUGUGUGCCACUUGGCAUGGCCCUGGUGUGGGUGAGACUGGUGCCUCCCUUGCACAGAAGUUGCAGGGAACUGCACUGGUAUCAUUAGUCAGGAAGCAUGCACGAGACGUAUGCAAGAUAUGUUGUUGGGGGGGGCAUAAUGGAGGGCGGGGUUGCGGAUGUGACAGGGUGAAACACUGCCUGCUCAGUGCUAUGGACUGGCAUCACUGCCGGCCUUCGGUCUAUGCUGCCAGCGUUCAGAGAUCAGUGUAACUCCAAUUACAC